UUGAAGCGCUACUUAUCUCGUCUUGUAAUUGUGGAGAAGGAUUUUCGUGGUGGCUACUUUGCUUCGAUUCGCUUUGGUUGUCGAACAUUCGUGUGCCAGCCGUUUAGCGGAGAGCCCCGUCUCAAGAUCUCGACAGGUGACGAAUAUGUGGUUACACGUGGUCAACGAGGUUGGAUCUAUGGUUACAAAAAGGAUAAUGAAAAACUUAAGGGAUGGGUUCCACGUGUUUGCGUCCGAUUCACUGAUAAUUAUCCCUUUCAAAGACAAGUCGAGGAGUCAUCUUCUGUCAGCGACAGUACCUCAAAGUCUUAA